AGUGCUUAUUAUCGACUAAUAUGAAUUAAACUACACGUCCCGACGUCAUGGUACGGGCUCUUAUAAUUGUUGUGAAUAUGUAAUUGCGCUCGUACGGUUGGUUGCUUCUAAAUUUGGCUUCGCAGGGGCAGGCUGCUACAGUCGGUGAGGUGGUCGCUCCUCCGGUGCUGUGAGAGGAUGUCAGCAUUAACGGCGGCUGUAGGAAAUUAACCGACAAAUGCGUGACGACGAGACGCCGUGGAGAAGCUCAGGCGCGGACAAGCGGGGUCAUGAUGUACCAGAAGUCGAUGUUUUGUAGGGAAAAUUAGAGAAAAUAGAAGAUUCGCUGUUAGUUGAGAAGGAGAAUUUAAAGCUUUGUGUGCAUAGAAUAACGCGCUGGAGAUUUUGGAGAAGACUGAGGCAACUCCUGCUUUGAUUAUCACGCUGAAUGGACUUUAAAACACUGUCUUACUGUUUUUGACCGACCAAAGGUCCGAGGAUGUUUUCGCUCUUCACGGAACCUGCACACAGCCCGCAAACCGGCCACUAACCGACCUUUUACGCACGGGGAAAGAGCCGUGCUCACACAUUUUGUUUUCGUGCUUAUGUGGAUGAACUUUGCAAUACAUUUUUAAUGAUUCGAGAUCUGAGCAAGAUGUACCCCCCGGCACGGCAUCCGGUCCCUCACCAGCCGGGACAGCCGUUCAAGUUCACUGUCACCGAGUCCUGCGACCGGAUCAAGGAGGAGUUCCAGUUCCUGCAAGCCCAGUAUCACAGUCUGAAAUUGGAGUGUGAGAAACUGGCCAGUGAGAAAACUGAGAUGCAGAGACACUAUGUCAUGUACUAUGAAAUGUCAUACGGACUCAACAUCGAGAUGCACAAACAGGCGGAGAUCGUCAAACGGCUGAACGCAAUCUGCGCCCAAGUCAUCCCCUUCCUCUCUCAAGAGCACCAGCAGCAGGUGGUGCAGGCAGUGGAGAGGGCCAAGCAGGUCACCAUGGCUGAACUCAACGCCAUCAUAGGACAGCAGCAGCUCCAGGCUCAGCACCUCUCCCAUGGCCACGCCAUCCCUGUCCCACUCACACCGCACCCCGCUGGCCUCCAGCCCCCCCUACCCCCCGGGGCCAGUACUGCAAGCCUGCUGGCGCUCUCCUCUGCCCUGAGUCACCAGCUGCCACUCAAAGACGAGAGGAAACACCACGAUAACAACAAUGAACACCCGAGAGACAGAGACUCAGUCAAGAGUUCAUCUGUGUCUCCCUCGGCCAGUUUCCGGACUGUAGAGAAACACCGGAGUUCAAGCGAUUACUCCUCCGACAGCAAGAAACAGAAGACAGAUGAUAAGGAGUUGGCCUCCACACGCUACGAAAGUGAUGGAGAGAAGAGCGAUGACAACUUGGUAGUAGAUGUCUCCAAUGAGGAUCCAGUGUCUCCUCGAGGAAGUCCUGCCCACUCUCCUCGGGAGAACGGAUUGGACAAAAGUCGCCUGCUGAAGAAGGAUGCUCCCCUGAGUCCUUCCUCCAUUGCCUCCUCCAGCAGCACACCUUCAUCAAAGUCCAAAGAGAUUAAUUUGAAUGAGAAGUCCACAACACCUGUGUCCAAGUCCAGCACCCCCACAUCCCGCUCUGAUGCCCCAACACCCAGCAGCACCUCCACCCCGGGCCUGAGAACUGCACCUGGUAAACCGACAGGUGUUGAGACGCUGGCUCCUGGUCUUCGUACGCCACUGGCAGUGCCCUGCUCGUACCCCGGGCCGUUUGGUAUGGUUCCUCACCCGGGUAUGAACGGAGAGCUGAGUGGAGCAGGGGCAGCCUACACCGGCCUGCAUAACAUCUCCCCCCAGAUGAGCGCAGUGGCUGCUGCUGCAGUGGCAGCUUAUGGACGCACACAAGUGGUGGGAUUUGAUCCUCACCACCACAUACGCGUCCCUGGCCUUCCUCCCAACCUGUCAGGCAUUCCUGGCGGAAAGCCAGCCUACUCCUUUCAUGUGAGCGCUGACGGACAGAUGCAGCCUGUGCCUUUUCCUCCAGAUGCACUGAUCGGCCCUGGCAUCCCGCGCCACGCACGACAGAUCAAUACUCUCAGCCACGGGGAGGUGGUGUGUGCUGUCACCAUCAGUAACCCGACGCGUCAUGUCUACACCGGCGGCAAGGGCUGCGUCAAGGUGUGGGACAUCAGUCACCCGGGUAACAAGACCCCUGUAUCCCAGCUGGACUGCCUCAACAGAGAUAACUACAUCCGUUCCUGUCGACUCCUUCCCGACGGGCGGACUCUCAUUGUCGGGGGUGAGGCGAGUACUUUGUCAAUCUGGGAUUUGGCCACACCAACUCCGCGGAUAAAAGCAGAACUAACUUCGUCAGCACCCGCGUGUUAUGCUCUGGCCAUCAGCCCUGACUCAAAGGUCUGCUUCUCCUGCUGCUCCGACGGAAACAUAGCUGUCUGGGAUCUUCACAACCAAACUCUGGUUAGGCAGUUCCAGGGCCACACUGAUGGUGCCAGUUGUAUUGACAUCUCUAAUGAUGGGACCAAGCUGUGGACCGGAGGCCUGGAUAACACUGUCCGGUCCUGGGACCUGAGAGAGGGACGGCAGCUGCAGCAGCACGACUUCACCUCCCAGAUCUUCUCACUAGGAUACUGUCCAACGGGCGAGUGGCUGGCAGUGGGGAUGGAGAACAGUAAUGUGGAGGUCUUACAUGUCACCAAACCUGACAAGUACCAGCUCCACCUUCAUGAGAGCUGUGUGCUCUCACUCAGAUUCGCUCACUGUGGGAAGUGGUUUGUGAGCACAGGAAAAGACAAUCUGCUCAAUGCAUGGAGAACCCCAUAUGGAGCCAGCAUAUUCCAGUCAAAGGAGUCGUCCUCAGUGCUGAGCUGCGACAUCUCGAUAGAUGAUAAGUACAUUGUGACAGGCUCAGGAGAUAAAAAAGCAACAGUCUACGAGGUCAUCUACUAGGAGGCCCUUGUCAUUAAAAGACAAGGCCACCCUUACAUCCAGACACUCUGCGAUAUCCCCAUCACCUAUGUACAAUUAUUGAUUUGUAUAAAAUGGAUUUUGAUGACUGAACACUUUAAGUCUUUCUUGGACCAUGAUCUUUUGACUUCCUGGCUGAUUAUGGAUGAAAAUGAACAAGCAGAACCAAGCACAGAGAUGUUGUUUUGAGUGGCUUUUUGUUGUGAGGAUGAGUGAAUGUCUGUGUGCACUACAUCUGGAGUGGAUGCUGUUGUUACAGAGUUGGCCAGAUGACAUUCCUUUAUGUAACCCUUUUAUGUGAGUGUCUGACAUAUUUGCUUCAUUGUUCACAUGCCGCACUUUGCCUAUGUGCUUUGUGUCUAAACUAGGUGGCAGUUUAGGGCCAAACCAUUCCUGGCAGACUGCAGAAUACCUUUCUAGAGAACUUUUGAUUUUUGCAUAGCACAUUCAUGUCUAAAAACAAGGGAAUCACUAUAGUUAAGAUCAUGGCACAAGUGUCUUCUCAAAAUUUUAUGGCAUCGUUGUCGUCUGUUCAGAGUCUGCUGUUGACCGUAAUUGACAUCCUGAGUGCCCCAUUCUUGUUUUGGAGUUUAAUCACAUCUUGCAUCUAUUUUUUCUUUGCCAUAAAACAUGGUAAGUGAAAAUUGUAGACAUGAAAUCCAACAUAUUACUCUUAACUACAGUACUAGCAGUGUAGUUAGGUACCAACCUAUCUAGAAAAGGUUGCUUAAUAGCUCAUGUCACCUUGACAAGACCUAGCUCCCACAAGGACUGACAAACAGCACCUACAUGAAUAGUUACAGGAAUAGUUUGGUAUAAUUAAUAAUAAAAUAUGUUUGGGAAAACUGAUGAUUAGUUUUCAUGCAGAAAUUUAGUUUAGACUCCUACCACUCAUCUUUGUACUUUAAAUACAAAGUUAUAGCUAGCUUUGCUUUUUUCAAAUCUGCCUAUUAGCAGCUUGUCGUCCUGUCAUCCCUGUGACGUUGCAGGGCCACCACUAGUAACUCUAGUAGUUAUUGCCCCUGGCCAAGAAAUAGUCUGGCACAUAAUAUAUCUCUCUGUAAAACCAUAACUUGUCAUUUUUAGUCUGGUUUCUUUUUUGAUUAAACAAGCAAGAUAUACCGUGUUAAUUAGUGAGCUUCAGAGAUGCUGAUGGGUAGACAUGUUUUUACCUUUAGACAGAGUCAGGCUAACUGUUUCCCUUUGAAUCCAGUCUUUAUGUUAAACUAAGAUAACCGAUAAACACAAGAGUGGUAUUGAGCCUGUCAUCUAAAUCUAGAUGAGAAAGCUAAAAGGUGUACCUCCAAAAAUUUUGAACUAUUCUUUUGGAUGAAGUUUAUGUCUCUUUAGAUUAUGCCUCUGACAUUUAUUUUCUGCCCGUAUUCCUUUCAGUGUUUUUAUUUAUUUUUUACAUAUUCUCAUAAUUAAGCCUCUGAGUGAGUGUGUGAGCACAGCCUAUCUUUGUGUACUGUAUAUAUGUGUGUGUGUGCGCGUGUUUUGACCCUGUGGGCAUUGAACAAGCAAACUAACAAGAUUGCCCUCAGUAGCCUCACUACAGACUGACCUUUGUCCUUGGUUCUGCCCGUUAAGUUCAGACUGCUGUGGAUGUCCACUCGAUUCUGUCUGACGGAUUUCAGUAAAACUGUUCGGUGUUGGGAGGUCAACCGGCCCUACAUCCCCUGCCCGGAUUUUCUGCUAAGACUCAUUUUAUUUGAAAAACAAGUGGUCAGCGAUAUGGUCGUGGUUCCUCUUGGAUUUACUUCUGUUGGCUUGUAGAAAUAACACAGUGCCUUUAUACUGCUACGCUUCUGACUCCAUUUCAUCCUGCUGAGUGUUCAACUACAUGAAGAGCUGAAAAGUUAUGGACUCUGUCGGAGUGGUUUUUAACAAUUGCUGUUUUUGAGUGUACAUCUUGCAACAUUUAAGAAUCAGUUAUCAGCAAAGUAACAUAAAUGGUACCCCAGAUUAUCCAGACCAGUUUUUAUUAGUUGUCCUCUCUGAAAUAAUUAGGACCAAACUUCUCUUUGUUUCGCCUGCUUUGCUUAACACAUGCACGUGAAAUACACUAUUCAUGACUACUGCUGUUUCAGUCUUAUUGUUUGAAGCAUGGUUGUUCUGUUUAACCAGAAUUAUUUAGAGCUAUGUUGUUGUUUGCUCUACUUUUCUUUUCUGCUUUCAGAUACUGUUCUUGUCGCUGCUGCAGUUCUCUUGCACAGCUACAAUGCUACACCCAUUUGACUCUCAUCUGCAGGUAGAGAAAUACAUCCAGAAACAGUAGCUAUUUGCAGAGAUUUAUGUCUCUUCUAGAUUCUAAUCCUAUCCAUAACCUCCCAAGCCUUAAUGUCAACUUUCCUUGAUCUUAACUUAAAGGACCAGUGUAUAGGACAUAGCAGCAUCUAGUGGUGAGGUUGCAGAUUGCAUCCAAUGGACAUGAAUGGCCCUCUCUAGAGCCAGUGUUUGGUUUGUCCAUUCUGGGCUACUGUAGAAACAUGGCAGCAUUGUAUGGCUGCGGAAGAGGACCUGCUCCCCAAACAAACAAAAACACGAUUAAUUGUUGUUACAGGUGAUUGUACACUAAUGUAAACAUAAUUAUGAAUACUAUAUUCCGCUUUUGCCAGUGAAUUUUUCUAUAUUCUACACACUGGUCCUUUAAACAGCUAUUUUAAACUAUCUAACUAAACAUAACUAUCUGGAGGCUCAAUUUUAAACAUUACACACAUAAAACACAUUUAAAAAUAUUAGUGUAAACCUAACCUUGUGGUUUAGCCCAUAACCCUUUUGUGAGUUUUGUGUGUGUGUGUGUGUGUGUGUGUGUGUGUGUGCGUGCGUGCGUGCGUGUGUGUGUGUGUGUGUGUGUGUGUGUGUGUGUGUUUGAGACUAGCUGAGUGAUAUAGAAUAUUCAAGCAGACCAAGACUGAUAUCACAUAUCGUGUGUAUUACCAUUUUAAUUCCGCAACUUUCAAUUCCGGGCUCAUUGGGUACAAAAAGUGGACCCAGUGUCUAUAGGAAUAAAAUUGGAAACAUUACAGCUCAUCUCAUAUGUAUUAGAACAUGUUAUUGUCAUGUUACUCAGAGCUGUCCUGUAACAUUGAUAUUGACAUUUGAAGCAGAUGUGGUAUAGCCUAUAACUUAUUCAAUUGACUCUGAUAUUUCAUUUCUGCCUUAGAAAAGAUAGAAGUAAUGACAACCAUGACCAGGAAAUGUUUAAUGGUGCAUCUCUCUGGUUUUCUUUCCAAACUGAUGGAAAGAGUAGGCUUCAUGCUCAGUACUAAUCAGCAUGAAACCUAUCUAUCUGGCUUAUUUUACUGGAAUAUACAUAUUAAGACCUGAAAAAUAUCAGUUUGUGUUAACCUUGGACACUGUCAUGCAAGUAUGAAAUCACUGUCAUGCAAGUAUGAAAUCACUGUCAUGCAAGUAUGAAUUCCUCUCUACAAGGCUCUAAGUGUGUCUUAAAGCUCCUCACAGAAAAUCAGUGUACAUCAGAUAAGUGAGCGUUCGAGAGGAUGGUCGGCUCUUUGUUAAAAAUUCUUUACAAUAUUGUUUACUACAGCUGCGACACAUAUCUGUACUGAAAUUUCAUAUUGUAAGUUGGAGAUGUCUUUGUACAUUUACUCAGUUUUAUGGUACAUGAUACACACAUACAAACAUGUACAGUGUCUGACACAGUUGAAGAAACUGCUAAUAAUAACUGUGCAGGUGUGAAUACAAAGGGACAUUUUGUAGUGUCACCACUUACAAGAAAAAGUCUUAUGGAUUCGAUACAGGAGGGACCAUGACAUUAUAGUGAUUUUUCUGACAGCCACACACAGAGACACUGUACAUUCAAAAGACUGGUCAUGAUAGUUUGCUUUUCAGUGUUUGCCUUAUGUUGUGCUUUUUUCCUAAAUCUGAAACAUUUCUGCAGUCAGCUACGCUUUCAAAUUACAAUGACAAUACAUUCACUUUGCUGUCAUCCACUGCUCUGCUGUGCUUUCUGCUUUUGAAUGAAUCAUAAAAUCUGGUGGCACCUUCUUGUACUGUAUCUAAUACUCUGAAACUUCUGUCCCCAUUAAUAGUGGAAAAAAAAUAUAAAACGCAUUUUGGUUGUAUACACGCUCAUGUCAAGAGUCAAACCUGAAUGUUACUUGUGUCGUCAUCUGAUUGCAACAAGUUAGCCGGCUAACACGACCUGUUUCAGAAAUAAUGUUAUGUACAAUAAUGAUGUGUUGAGCAUUUAGCUUGACUGGACUCAUGAAGGUAUUACAAAUUUACUGUAAACAUGUAAUAAUUCAAGCUUACAGUGAAACUUCCUGUUGCUAGUUGAGCUUUUUUUUUCUUCAAUACAAAAUGCCUUUGCUCUCUUUUUUCUAGUCUGUGGUUGAUUUUAUUAAAUUAUUGUGUGGAGUAUUUUGUCUGAGCCUUAUUCACUGUUCAAACUAACAAUAUAUAAUCCUUUGCUGGAUUUUCCUCAUUUAGUAUUUAUCUUAUUGACAAAUAAUCUGAUGUCAUUAAAAUUCUCACAUAAAUCAAACUGUACUUGCAUUACCACGCCAUCAGAGAAAGUGACAGAAGAGAGAGGAGACAGGAAACUUGAAAAACUGAAAAACAUUUUUUUGAAAGUAUCUGUGACUGUUCUCUACUUGCACAGCUGAGUAACAAAGACAUAUUUUCUAUAUCUUUGAGGAGUAUUCAUGACAUAUGAUCUUAUGUAGCA